CGCGGAUGACCGGGAGUGAGUAUUUUCUGCAAGUUUGUUGUUGAUCUGCUGUGUACAAAGGAUGGAUUCAGAGUUAAUCAAUUGAUACAACAAUGCUUUGUGCUGGUCGCUUUUUGCAGAGACAAAAGACGCUUCAAUGCAGGCGGUUCAAAUCAGAUGUGAAGUUCUUGAACUUUAUUCGAUUGCAGGACCGUUCUUCCAAGAUGGGAUCAGGAACGUCCAUUCGAAUGCGAAACUCCGGCUUGGAAAUACUAGCGGGUUGGCCAAAUUUUACCAAAGAUGUCUUGCUGUACCUACAACCCCAUCUUGUCUAUGAUGGAUCAAACACGUUGUGGGUGCGUGAUUGGCUCGAUGUCAUCGUUGUCCACUGGAUCUCGGCACGCUAGAUGUGGCUCUUUUUGGCCACUCACAGUUUCCGGCUGCGACAUCUCUACUAUUGCGAUGCAUCCACGAUCAGCACUGGGCUCUCCCACACCAUCCGCUGCGAGUCGCCUCUCAGACAGCAGCCGUUCAGAUGGCAGUCGUAAAUUCUCGCGGAACGGAAGUGUAUCAUCAGAAUUCGAAAUCGAGCGACCACUCAAAAUGAAUACAUCAUCUCCAAAGCGACCAGGCGUUCGUCGUCGUCAGUCUGAAUAUGGCGCUGAAAGUGCUCUUCGUGCGAGCGUGUCUCGUUUACUCACCGCCAAAGCGCGUCCAUUCACUGUCACCGGUCACAUCCCAAUGGACCCGGCGUCCUUGGUACUAUUCUUCCGCUCCAAGAGUGGCAUCACGCACUCGCUUGAUUUCCCCAUCAACAUUGAUUACGACACACCUCCGGCUCUCGAAGUGCUACUUGCAGCAUGUAAACCCCACCCGACACCUGGAUUUGAUGUAUACCCUGAUCGUGAGACCCUCUUCUACCCCGCAAAUCUUCCCUUGACCGCCACUCUCGAAAUGGCCAACCAUCCCAUCCUCGAUGCGGUACGCAACGCACUGUUCCCAGCAUUACCUAUGGGACAUUACCUCACCGCCCUGAGAGAUAAGCUGGAGGUGAUGGUAACUGGAGCGCGUAUGGCGCCCCAGCCUCGUACAUUACGCAACGAUGGUAGAGUCGCUACAAUAUGCGUCACUCUACCCGUCCACCAUCGCGGGGGAAACAUGAUUGUCCGAGAUGCAGAAGGGACAGAAGAGAAGUUCUUCGGAGGUGGAGGCAAACCUUCGGAGGUCCACUGGACCGCAUUCCUUGGGGAAUGCGAAUACGAAGUCGAGACCAUCCAGCAAGGAUGCAGAAUGAGCUUCACGUACGCGGUGCAUCUGAAGACAUACGGCGCAGCAGUCGAUCCUCUGAUCACACCGAGUGAAUACUUCCUUGAUCUUCUUUCCCCAGUCCUCAGCCUGUCUCGCGGACGAAAAGUAGCAUUCUAUUUGACGCAGGAUUACGGCGUUAACCCUUCGGAGGGCCUAGCCGAGUCAUUAGUACCUCAUCUUAAGGGCAGCGAUUCACUAUUAUACCAUGCCCUGAAGGUGUACAAACUUGCACCGGAACUGCAUUGGGCAGCAGGCGGAUACGUCUGGCCCAUCGAUCGGACCGUAGAAUGCGGAAACGAUGUUCUGGAUUCGCCAACAAGCUUGUCAUCGAUGGGCUUUCCCAGCGCUUUUGGAUCACCUGCUCGUUCAGCAAAAUCCAUCCGCGGCCCGAUGAGUUACUACGGAGGUCCAGAAGAAGAUGACGUGGAGAUAACGAAAAUCGAAGCUCACAACCUGAGGAUGAGGGUUGAGGAGAGCGGUGCAAUCCCUCUUUCUGAAGCGGAAAUUUUCAUCCUUUCUGAUUGGGUUCCCGGUCCGCUUGCGAAGGAAAGGGUAUACUUUGUAUCGAACGGAGAACUGGAGAAGCUGAUUGUUAAUGUUCUCCUCGUUAUUUAUGUUCCUUGAGACUUGAUCGGAGGGUACGAAGGACGUAAUCUGCUAAUCAUGCUAAUCAUCUAAUAAUUGGCUGCUGGAACGGCCGCGAUGGAACUCAGCCCGAACACUUACUAGUAUUUGUACUUGUAUUAUUUACUGCCUGCAAGUAAUGACAUAUCUGAUGAACAUGUACAAA